AUGGGGGACGCGGCCCACACUUGCAAUGCUUUUUGGUUGCAAGGCCUGGCGAUUAGUCUCGAGGACUGCGUCAACCUACUGAACCAGGUGGAUGCCUAUUCCAAGCAUUUUUACGAUGCCAUUAGACAGUACAGCCAGGAACGUGGCUGCAGCGGCGAUGCUCUGCGGGAGAUUACGGAUCGCUGCUUGUACUAUGAAUGGGUGAAGCACAUCAACCCGUUUGUGCGUCUCCGAAACAGUUGUCAGCGGGUGAUGAACGCGAUGCUUCUGCAGGCGCUCAACGAGUACUACACCGCAGCGUCAGUCAACCACGUCUACUCCAAGAGCCUGAAGAGCAUGCUCAAUGACCGGGGGUGCACCUCCUACGAGUAUGCCGAGAAACAACAAGCAAAGCACCGCGCUUUCUAUCACCUGGGAAGGGUGUACCACGUAAGAGGCACGUGUUGUUGGUGUUGUUUGUGCGGCGUCCUCACCGCGUCACGCAUGUUUGCACCUUCUGCGUCGAUGUUGCUCACCGGUGUGCAUUCUUCUAUCGUUUAG